AUGGUGCUGCUCGAGAAGCAAUGGGUUAAUGUGCAAGAGAAGACUUUUACCAAAUGGCUAAACAACAAAAUCAAGAGCCGUGAUGUGGCCGUCAAGUCUCUCAUCACCGAUCUCUCAGACGGCAUUAUCCUUAUACACCUGCUCGAGGUUCUCAGCAACGAGUCUCUCGGUCGCUAUGCCUCAAAUCCGAAGUUGCGAGUCCAGAGGUUCGAGAACGUCAACAAGAGUCUGGACUACAUCAGAUCACGAGGCAUUCAGAUGACAAAUAUCGGCGCCGAGGAUGUCGUGGAUGGGAACCGGAAGAUCAUACUUGGGCUGAUAUGGACUCUCAUCUUGCGCUUUACCAUUUCCGACAUCAACGAGGAGGGCAUGACGGCCAAGGAGGGACUGCUGCUCUGGUGUCAACGGAAGACUGCUUGUUACGCAGGCGUGGAGGUUCGCGAUUUCUCUGCUUCCUGGAACGACGGCCUGGCGUUCUGCGCAUUGCUCGACAUUCACCGGCCCGAUCUGAUCGACUUCGAUACUUUAGACAAGUCAGACCAUAGAGGUAACAUGCAGCUGGCAUUCGAUAUCGCGUCCAAGGAGAUCGGCAUCCCAGAUCUGCUCGAUGUGGAAGAUGUGGCAGACGUCCCAAAACCUGACGAGCGCUCGCUGAUGACAUACAUUGCCUACUGGUUCCACGCUUUCAGCCAAAUGGAACGGGUAGAGAAUGCAGGCAGAAGAGUCGAGAAGUUUGUCAGCAACAUGCAAGGCGCCUGGGAAAUGGAGAGUGCGUAUGAGAAGCGUAUGCGUGCACUGCUGCUACAAGUUCGACAUCAGCGCGAAUCGUGGCACAGUGCAAAGUUUGCAGGCACGUAUGCCGACGCAAAGCAACAGGCCAAAGAGCUGUCCAACUACAAGCGCGACAAGAAGAGGAAAUGGGUGGCAGAGAAGUCUGAGUUGUCAGCUCUGCUUGGUAAUAUCAAGACGAAGCUGGCAACGUACAGACUACGCCCAUACAACCCUCCCGCAGACCUUCGGAUCGAGGUGCUAGACCAUGAGUGGAUAGCUCUGACGACAGACGAGCAAGCUCGGAGCAAGCUGAUCAACGAGAAAAUUCGAGACAUCAAGAACGCUCUUCGCAAAAGCUUCGCGGACAAAGCCAACGACUUUGCACUCACACUCAACACUCUCACUCUGGCCAUCUCUGUAUUGGAGGGAGACGUCGAGGACCAACUAGAGCACGCGCAGCGACUUUCGGCAAAUCUGCAGCCACUAGAACAAUAUCUCGACGGCAUAGCACUGCUCGACGAGCAAUGCCAGGAAGCAAACAUCGACGAAAACGAUUACACGACUUACACAUAUGACGAGCUUGUAUAUGAAUUGGGCCUGGUCAGGCACAGUGUACAGAAAAAGCUAACAUUCCUGGAAAACCAGAUGGUGGCUAGGAAUAUGACGAAUUUGACGCCGAUUCAACUCGAGGAGUUCGAGUCCGUCUUUAGGCAUUUUGAUCGCGAUGGGUCGAACACACUGCAGGAACUGGAAUUCAGUGCGGCGUUGGCAUCCUUGGGCUUGGUGUACGAUGAGGAAGAGAUGCAUGAUAAAUAUCUGAACGUGUGUCACAGUGGACUGGACGGGAGGUCGUCUCCAAUCUCACGGCGGCAGCGGGAGUCAAGAGGCGUUGGGUUCGAACAGUUCAUCCAUUUCAUGGUGUCUGUCACAGAGGAUCAGAACACGGCUGAGCAAGUGUUCCAGUCUUUCCAGGAGGUGGCGGACGGGAAGCCAUAUGUGACGGAGAUGGACUUGCGGCAUUCUCUUAUACCGGACGAGCUCAUCGACGAUCUGCUUACCAGCAUGCCAGAGCACCGCGGUCCGGAUCUGGAGGUUGAUCGCGAUGUUCCCAAGUACGACUACAUCAGCUUCAUGCAGGGCAUGAUUGGCGAGUCGGACAAGGUGAAUGGUAGCGAGAGCCCAGUGCGGCCUCGGUCGGUACAAUUGAACGGGCACAGCUCGAGUCCAACUUCGCCGCGCAAGACAUAA